GCCAGUUAGGUACUGAACCGAAUUGUUUUGAAAUUGAUAACUGCUGAAAACUUUAUGAAAAUUAAUUAAAUUAAUUGUUAAAAAAAGUAUCUACGUGUAUAUUUAUGAAACGAUUAUUACCGGAAAAGAAUCCGGUCAGAAUCAGAUCAGAUAUAGAAAUAUCUACGUUUAGUCAAGAAAUAAUAAGAAAUAACGACAGCUUCUGAAACUUGAGAGAUUUUUGCUGAUAUUUAUCGUCAACACCAGUUUCAGUGAGCUUAUUUUUCUUUGUAAUAUAUGCUACACACAUACAAUACUUUAUAUUAUCUAAAAAUUACUUAUUGGUGCAAUAAACUAUGAGUAUCACAACGAUCACGUUUCAUGAGUUUCUCGACUCUGCUAAACAAUUUGUCCAAAAAUCUGAGAAAAUAGGCGAUGGUUGGACACUGAAGGAGGAUAAAACAGAUAAUCUUAAGACUUACUUAAGAAAAGAUGCAUUUGUUCAAUGUCAGGAUGAAAAUAUGAACCAUUUAUUGAAAGUGGAAUAUGUGAUAUUUUACAACUUGAGUUAUGGAGUGCCUUCAUUCAGUUUUAACGCCUGGAACUCUACUGGUACAUUGGUUACUUUGGAUGAUAUUAGAAAAAUGUCCUUUAUACAGAUAAAUGAAAAGGACUUCUACUCAGUAAUAACACAACAAGAACACCCUAUAUUCCAAAAGCCCUACUUCAUAAUGCAUCCUUGCCACACUGAAACAUUACUGGCCGCUUUUAAAAACAAAACUAAGAAUAUUAUUGUGACCUUCCUGGGUCUUAUAACUCCUUUGAUUAGGCUGAAUUUGCCUUUGGAAUAUGGACUAUGAUGAACUGAAUAGAAUAUUUUAUUUUAAUAGAAAACUACUGACAUUAUAUAGUUGCAAUAUAAUUUGUAUGGAAUCAUGAUUGUGGUGUUGACCAAAUUUUAAAAGUUUUUUAGAUUAAGGUAAAAGCUUCACCAUAUUUUUUUUUAAAUACUGCAUUGUUGUUUAACUUAUAAUUUUUUUUAAAAUUAAUUUUUGAGUUGCAGUAAUAACUAUGUAUCUUGUGUUUUCAGAUUAUCAGAUCUUAAAUAUAAGUUAUUAUUGUUUAAACUGUCAAACACCAAGCGGUCACCCGUGACCGCAACCUAUUGUUCGAUAAUUGUGUCUAUAAGGACUGUACUCAACGAGUUAAUCAAGAAUAAUAGUUUAGUAAAUAUAUCAGUUAUGGAUCAAGCACCGCCAGUAGGGACGCACGCUCCAAAGGGACGACCAGAUACCUAAGCAAGCCAGGACUGGAAUCUUAGGAGAAAAGAAAACCUCACUAUGGUGGCCGAAGCGGUGAUGUUGGUGAAGCGUGAAGCUCAAGACCGGUUGUGAUAGAGACCUUCUGUGGACGCCAUCUGCCCCAUCUAAGGGACA